AUGCCUCCCAGGCCCUGGUCUCCCCAGAGAGCCCGCUCUCCGGAUCGAUACUCGCGCGAUUAUCGCCGGUCACCAUCCCCUCCUCGCGGUCCUCGCCAAGGCCUGCGGGAUGUUCGUCCCACCUGGGACCAGUACGGCGACACAAGAGCCGGGUCUGCUUCUCGCCAGUCCCGUGACGUCGUACCUCGAGGGUACGACCGAGCGCCGGCAGCAGGACCGGCGAGGCAAGAAGCUAGGCCGUACUCGGACCGUAGGGGUCCCAGUCCGCCCCCACGCGCGGGUGGGGGCGGUCGGAAGCGCGCGUUCGAUGCUGUCGAAUCUCGCGGUCCUUAUGAUCGCGAACCAGGCGAACUCGAGCACGGGUUACCACGGCGGUCAUCCCGCGAGGUCAGCGUGGAUCAACUUCGCCACCGCUCCAGACCAUCGCUCAACGGUACACUGAACUCAUCUCGGGCCUCAUCCCCCGAGAGACAGCGUCGGGCAUCUCCAAACGCCCAGGAAACGGUUCCGGCGCUCGAAGAUCUGGAGAAAUUCCUUCAGUUAUUGAUCACCGCAAUAUCCGCCACCUCCCAGAAGGCGGUUACCUCCAAUCACCUCGACCGUCUGUUGACAUUUCCUGGAACCGUUCACGACUCCACCGUCAUCGCCGACGUCCGCCGGGAGCUCCGGGAUGCUCAGGAUGACGCCCGAAGGAAAACGCGUGACCUGAAUGAAGCGUGGGCGGGUCUCUUCGGUCGGUACCCGAAGCGCCUACCGAGCGCGGCGGAGGUGGAAGGGGUGUUGCUACAGGCUCUGAUGGAUCGCGUCAAGGCGCUUGAAGGGGGAGGGAUCGCCGGAGAAGGCAAGGGUAAGGGACGCGCUAUCGAGCCAUCCCUUCCCACGCCAACUUCGGCGUUCCCCCGUGCCAGUCCUCAGCCCCACAAUGUUGACGACUCAGAAAGUCGCAAGCGGCAAAAGCAGAACCCAUCCGACCUCGCCGAGUACAUGAACCGCGUCGAUGCUCUGGAAGCGCUUGUCCAGGGCUUUGACACGCGGUUCAACGAGCUCGAGAACUGGAGCUACCAGACCGAAGCGGCGGAAGCUGAAGCCCGGGCGCAAGCAAAGCCGGUGGGCAGCUGGGAAGAGCUGGAGAACGAGAGGGACCCGCUCGGUCGGCUUCGAGGUCAGCAACGCGCAGCCGCUGGCGCUCCAGUGGCCGCGUUCGAUGAGGACUCGGAGGUUGGACAAGCGCUCAAAGAGAUCGAGACGGCGCUGGAAGAUGCGUCGAAGGAGUCGACGACACAGGGAAAGCAGCUGGAGGAGCAGAGCCGUCUCAUCGAGGUGCUUCGAGGCAAGGUCAGGAAGCUCAGCACCGAGGUGCAGACGGCCAAGGCGGAGAGGGAGGAAAGGGAUAAGGCGGCAGAGAAGGCGGCGGAGAAGGAGCGGGAGGACUUGGAAGAGAGGUUGAAGGGGUUGGAGAACACGAUCAAGGACGAGUGCCAGACGCAAACUGUGAAGGUGGGUCAGGCCAAGGCAAUCGGAAAAGUCCUCAAAACCCUUCGAAAGGACAAGUCAUCCACCGGCUCGACAGCGUCCACCUCGAGCGGUAGAACCGCAUCGCCGACUCCUGGCCCAUCCGCAAUGACGGGUACCAAUGCGGAACAGUCCCUUGCUGCCGACGCUCCUGUCUCGGCUCCUACGGGCAGUGCUGGCGCCGGUCAAUCUGCUCCAGCUCAGCCAAGCAGGCAGGUGCCAAGUACUGACGCGUCCACUUUGCGGACCAAUACAGGUAGCACUGUUCCCGCUCCCGCUUCGACCGGUCUCGCCUCCAAGCCGAGGACCUCGAAUGUAAACCCACAGGUGGCGACCAAUGCGGCCAGCUCGGCCAAACAGGAGACACCCUUGAGCCAGACUCCAGUCAAAUCGGCCACAUCUGGCCCGGGCCAAGCUCGGCCGCCAACACCAUCCGGGCCGCCACCACCGCCACCUCCAGGCUCAUCGCCACUCGCACCAUCCCAGCAGGCAGUGCGCCCGACUGCUACUGCCGGGUUUGGUGGUGCUGGUCUAGCAGCUGAAAGCGCAUCUCGAGCGGCGCAGCCCAGCUCUGGAUCUACGGCUCGACCGGCUGCAGCUUCGUCCGCUUCAUCGAUCGCACAGACCGUCCAAUCUUUCCCCGCGACCACACAGCGCCCAGCGGCAGCUGCGCCAAACUCAGCGGCCGGUUCUGGUACCAGCGCGAGCACCCCGCUGGUGCGCCAUUCUGAUUCUGCUGGCCAGCUCGCGUCGCAGAAGGCCCUGACUGCCAAUAAGCCGGUACCUCCGGCCGCUGCACCUGAACCUCCGGCGCCCAGGCCCACUGGAACGGUGUUCAAUCCUUACAUCGCCGGAGCACAACCCGGUCUUGCCGGGCAAGCCGCAAUUCCCCCGUCUAGCGCCUCAGCUGUCGCUCAACAAGGCGGCGGACCGCGUGGCGUGCCUGCGCCUGCGUUCAAGCUGGCCAAUCUGCCCGCUCGACCACCUCCCCAAGCAGGCAUGUCGACAAGCAACGCAUCCAACACUACGCCUACCGCUCCGCCCCCCACUAAACUCCUACCCUCCAAUAGCACCGACAAUCGCCAACGCCCACCUCAUCUCCCCGAAUCUCGCCCCUCCCACACAUCCAAACCCCUCCCUGUACCUACCGCUCCCCACUCCCGCUCUCCCUCCCCUCACGUCUCUCAGAAUCAACCACCUCUCCCUCCGAGCUCGAACAUGCCCCGCGCCACUUCGUCGGAGGCAAUGAAAGCUCCCAUGCCGGUCCGGCCCCAACAACAGCUGCCGGGGAGUGCUGGGUCCACCUCACGCCCAUCCAACCCUUCCCUCCCAACUCAACCCCAUUCCGCAACAUCUACCCUCCCUCCCGGCGGUCCCGCAACGGCAAAUACACAACCCGCCCAGAAGCAGCCAGCAUCGUCGGUCAGGCAAGGUCAUAUCGGCUCAUCCACGAACGCUCCUGCGGCGGGGCCGACCGGCUCAGCCCAAAACGCGUCACGGGCCCCAGCACAGGUGGUAGGCGCCACCGGCAGAGGACACGCGGCUGAGGGUAAUACCGCCACUGCGGUGAGAUAUCCCUGGCCUGCUGCUUCUGCCAGACCCGCUCCAGCCGCAACUCCUGCAUCGACCGUAUCAGCGGCCCCGUCGGCUCCCACAUCUCCCCUCAACCAAUCCUCCACUCCUGCUCCUAGAUCGACCCAAGCUGCCCCAGCAGGGCCUGCACCACCCACGCUUACCUCCACCACUAUCCCCAAUGUCCCUAUACCUCAUAUGGACGUCCACACAGGAGCCAAUCUCAUAGCCCUCUCGCGCCGCUAUCGUAACGACAUCGACGACGGAAAGACUGAGGCCGAAGCUUUCAACAAGCUGCCCUCCGCAGCCCACAAGACGCUUCAGGUUCUCACCGAUGCCGAACGGGCAACAGUCUUUGCGUAUGACCCAUCCGAAUGGACCUGGUCCGAUCCCCCGGGAAGCGCCGCCAAUGCGGCGCAGGCCAGUGCGGGAAAGGGUCCCGGAUCUGCUCCAACUGGCCAGGGCGCUGAGCAGCGGAAUUUAGGCGGCAAUGCGGCGGAUCCUCCUUCAACGCUGCAAGCUCGGCUAGGCGGGUCCACCGGGACUCCCGCCGCUGUCAGCUCCGCGCCCAUCACUUCCGCUCGCAUCUCCCCGCCGGUCGCCACCAGUCCGGCUUCAUCCCUCUCGGCUCGCCUCGGUUCCAACAACAAGCCUCCCCUCGCAGCUCGCAUCGGCGGCAGCGGGGUUGGUGGCGCAUCCAGCGACCCGCGUCCUCCACCUUCUCUAUCCAACCACGGGCUGCCAGCGCGGCCUGCGGCGGACAUGUAUGGCACGUACCAGUACUCGGAUCAGUACGUGCCCGCGUUCGAGGAUGUCGAGAUGGGCGGAACAUAUAGACGCUCUCCAGCACCCAGGGAGUCUGGAUCGGGAUCGGGGUCGGGAUUGGGAUCGAAUGGGUUAGGAGGGUCAGCAUCGCAGCAGCGGGAGGACGAAUUGAAGCAGCGCUUGCAUGCGAAGAAGGGCAAGACAGGUGGGUUCGGCGGACAGGGGCACGACGGAGAUGUGGAGAUGGACUGA